AUGAUAUGUUUUCUAUUUUUCAUCUUAUUAUUUAACAUUUCAUUUACUCAACCAGUUGAAUCAGAAGAUUCAAAGGAUCCUUCGGGUGCUUCCGGAUAUACUCCAAAACAGUCUGAAUUCCCUUCAUUGCAACCACUAACUCAAAGUCUUCCAAUUUCUUCACAACCAAAAGAUGAAGAAAAGGAAAUGAGUGUUCGUCCUAAAGAUCCUCAACAAAAACACAAACACCAAAGAUUUCCAUCAAGGCAACCUUUUCCAAGCGUUUUAAACCUUCCAAAUUUCAAAAUGUGUCGUGGGUAUAAAAUACAUAAAAAUAGAUUCCACACAAUAAUGUUUGUCAAAUUUUGGCCAGGCGAAAAAUGCUCUGGAAUUACAUGUUCUUUACCUUUAAGUACUUUAAGAGUAAAGGAAGAGUUUUUCCUCCAUGGAUUUUGGCCUGAAUUUACAGCCAACCAAAACAUGGUUUGUUGUCGAAACAAAUUUCUUCCUGUUGAUGUUGAAAGAAAAUUGAUAGCCAAUCAAGAACUUUUCCAAGAAAUACGCCAAAAUUGGAUGUCAAUAGAAAGUUGUCUCUUGGCUUUAUAUCAAUGGGACAAACACGGUACUUGUUCAACAACAACGUAUGGAGGCCCUGAAGGGCCCAUUGAUUACAUAAAAACAGCACUUUUCCUUAAUUCGAAAUUUGAAUUUUGGAAAGUUCUGAGGGAGAGUGAAUUGAAAGUUGAACCAAACACCUUGUACGACAUCGAAGAAUUGAGGAGUGUCCUUUCAAAAACUUACGACAUCCAUCCAACUUUCGUUUGUGUGGAUAUGACUUCAGUUUUGGAGAUAAGAAUCUGUUUUGAUGCAAAAAGGAAUAAAUUAAAUCCAAACACAAUGCCAUGCCCCGAAAAAAUAUUCAAAGAAGAAAAAAAGCGAUGCGCACAAAAAGUGAUGUUCAAAGAAUUUCCUGAAUAUUUGCUCAAUCCAGAAACAGCUCCAAGAAAUAACUGCCCGUAUUAG